AUGAAGUUCACUUGGACCACGCUUCUUUUACUCUCCACUCAAGUCACCUCUCUGACCGUCCCCAAAGCUGAGGUCACUGAUCUCAUUGCGCGAGAUGCCGACUCCCUGGACUCUACUCAAGACAUCUCCGACCUCGUAACUCUCGAGAAACGCCGUGGAGGUGGAGGUGGAGGUCGAGGAGGCGGUGGAGGUUCCAGUGGAGGGAGCAGCGGGGGUCGCACUGGCAGCAGCAGUGGCAGUAGCGGCAGUAGCGGCAGCAGUGGAAGCAGUGGAAGCAGUGGCGGCACUCGCGGUGGCAGUGGAAGCACUGGAGGUACCGGCAGCAGCGGUCGCACUGGUGGAUCCAGCAAUGUCGGUGGCACAACCCCUGGUGGCUCCGGCACUCGAGCGACCUAUGGCGGAGGAAACUACUAUGCCGGCGGCGCGAGAACCCCCUACAGGGCUGGCUCCCGAUCGGCAGGAGGCAUCGCUCCCUACGUGCUAGGUGGAGCUGCCCUGGGCUUCUUUCCGGGUCUCUGGCUGUACAGCGCCUACGCCUACCCCUACAGCCACCACUACAACUAUUACAACCAGAACCAAAACAAGAACGAGUCGCUUCCGGUCGUCUGCGUGUGCCAGGAGUACUCGGAGUGUAGCUGUGACAACAACAACAAUCAAACCUACUUCGAGUCUCUCUUCAACGGCACCGUGCCCAAGAACUCCAGUACCGUGCGCGUGGUCGAUGUGAAUGGGACUCAGACCAUUUAUAUCAACGGUACCUUGCCUAAUGGUACCACGGCUGCCGGGGGUGACACCUCUACCGCCUCGGGCCCUCUCGCAAUGGUCUUGAACGCUAGCGGGUAUUGGGUGACUGUCGCUAUCGUUGUGACUGCGGUCUGGGGACUCUAA